AUGGAGUUCAUUGAAGGAUGCUCAAUCAAGGAAUAUUUAAGAAAAUUUGAAGUUCAAGCCAAUAGCUCAGAAGAACAUAUUUGGGACCAAUCAUGUUUAGAAAUAUUUCAUUCGGUAGGAAAGAUUGUUGGAACAUUACACAAAAACAAACUUGUUCAUGGAGAUUUGACGACUUCUAACAUGAUGCUAAGAAAUGGAAAUAUUGACAAUAUCGUGAUGAUUGACUUUGGAUUGAGCUUUACAACAACACUAGAUGAAGAUAAGGCUGUGGAUUUAUAUGUUUUAGAAAGAGCUUUGCUUUCUACACAUCCGAACUCUGAACGAUUGUUUGAUCAAUUAACUGAAGGUUAUAAAAUAGCUGACCUCAAUCAAUCGAAAUCGGUUCUCAAAAAGUUGGAUCAAGUUCGACAGAGAGGAAGAAAGAAAUCAAUGAUUGGAUGA